UAUCCGCCAUCAGAUGUUACUAUUGCGACAACAGCAACUCAGCCGCGUGUGGUCAAGACUUCAAAGCCUAUCAGUUUAACUCCUAUGGCUGGAUUGGGGUUAUACGCUCAUGCUACUACCCUGGAUCAGGGGAUCUGCCCGGGAUCAACGAGACUGUCGGCUGCCAUCAUUACGUUCACGAUAAAUACAACUUCACCGCCCUCUACUGCUUCUGUGACACUGAGUACUGUAACCAGGCACCUCAUAUUUGUUUGACGCAGUUUUCAAAGUUGUGGAUGGUCAUCGUCACCCUAAGUGCUUUAGUUUGUAGAGUAUUGUAG